CCGCAGUUGCGCAAUAAAGCCACCGACGAAGAAGAGCGCUCGGAAGCAAAACAAUCCCGAAGUUGCCAGUGAAGGCUCGCAGAAAGAAUGAGACGGAAUUCACCACGCUCACUUUCGCACGUAUUUCACAUCACAUAAAUAACAACUUGACUAUCCGGGAGCCUUUGAAUGAACUCUCGUAGGGUGUUAUUGCGCGGGAGCGGCGUAUUUGGGGGCGGUUCUGUCUCGUCUUGUUAGCUGCUUAGCUUGCCCGGCUCGAGAAAGUUCCUCGAUGACGACCUAUGGGCCGAACAUGGCCAUAUUUGGAGCGCUCCACGCCGGUGAGAUGUAAACAAUGUCCAGUCAAGCCGGCCUGCUCGAGACGCACUCUUUUCGACAUGUCAUCGGAGCAGAAGAUCGCCAUCGUGAUGGAGGACAAAACGUACGAGGUGAACAAGAAGAAGCUGAUCGAGAAGAGCGACUACUUCCGUGCGCUGUACAGCUCGGGGAUGAGGGAGUCCACGGAGGACUCGGUCCAGCUGCAGGGCCUCAGCGCCCCCGGCCUGGAGCUGGUGCUGGAGUUCAUCGACACCUCCAAAGUGGAGAUCGCCAACGAGACCCUGGAGGACCUGAUCGAGACCGCCUCCUUCCUGCAGGUCACGUCCAUCCUCAAGCUCCUGACGGCCGAGAUCCGGCUGGACAACUGCGUGGCGCUCUACAGCCUCUCUGAGGUUUACGGAACCCACGAGCUGCGUGACGCCUGCCUCGAGUUCAUUAGCUGCUACUACCACCCCGUGAUGAGACGACCAGAGUUCCGCAGCCUGCCCCCCGCCGUCAGGGAGCGGGCGAGGGAGAUGCGCAUGAGGGGCGUCGCCACCUUGGUGGCCACGGGGGACUUCGGCAGCCUGUGCCUGGACGCGCCGGACCGGAACGAGCCCUGGUCCAUGCUGAGCUACGGCGAGGCGGAACAGCGCUGGAAGCCGCUGGCCAACAACCCGCCGGCGGACGGCAUCAACGUGCGAGGCUACGGCUCGGCCGUGCUGGACAACUACCUCUUCGUCGCCGGGGGAUACCGCGCCAGCAGCCAGGAGAUCUCGGCCGCGCAUUGCUACAACCCUUGCAGGAACGAGUGGAACCAGGUGGCGCCGCUCAACCAGAAGCGGUCCAACUUCAAGCUUCUGGCCGUGCAGGGGAAGCUGUACGCCGUGGGAGGCCAGAGUCUGGGCACGGUGGAGUGCUACAGCCCGGAGAACGACUUCUGGACCUGCGUGUCGUCCAUGCCCGACCCGCUGGCAGAGUUCUCGGCCUGCGAGUGCCAGGGCAUGAUCUACGUCCUGGGAGGGUACACGGCAAGAGUGAGGAACACCAACCUCCUGCGCUACUGCCCCGCGGCCGACGCGUGGACGGCGUUCCGCCCGUGCACGGUGCACGUGCGGAAGCAGCAGAUGCUGUCGGUGGAGGACACCAUCUACCUGGUGGGCGGCUACACGCACAAGCUGGAGCACGCCCGGCGCUGGCCCAGCGAGACGGAGGACGUGCUCACCGUGCAGUCGUACAACGUCACCACCGGCGAGUGGCUGCAGCUCAAGGAGAACACGUCCAAGUCGGGCCUGAACCUGACGUGCGCGCUGCACAACGACGGCAUCUACAUCAUGAGCCGGGACGUCGGGCUGUCCACCAGCAUGGAGCACCGCGUCUUCCUCAAGUACAACAUUUUCUCCGGCGCCUGGGAGGCCUUCAGGCGCCUGCGGGUGUUCGGGCAGAACAUGCUGCUCUGCUCGCUUUACCUCCCCAACGCGCUCUGACAGGACCUGAGCGACGAGGCUGCUGACUCGCUUGUUACCAUGACAAUCAAGAGUAAACACACCUACAAAUUGAGGCCAAACCCAGCUAACUUGCACUUCAUAUUUCACACUCCACACCAUCAGGGGGCAGCAUAUGAGCAGUGAGAUGGGAAAUGCUAACUUCCUUAGCAUUGUUUGAUGUUGAAACUCGGGUUAGCGGUCAAAAAACAGCCAAUAGUUGGACUGUAAAUGAAAUGAACAGAAGGUCAAACGGUUUCAACUGUAAAAGAGCUGUUGAAAAGCAGAAAAAAAGUAUUGCACAUGUGCCUUCUCCAUUUGGAACUUGAUCCCGACAAAAGGACAAAAUGACCAAACCUGCCUUUUUUUUUCUUUUUCUGUUGCUAAAGCAGACUUACUUUGUUUCAAUAAAGGUGUUUUUCAUUCUUCAA